UGGACACUGUGUGUGGAGAGUCGUGAUCUGUUCAGGGUGGUGUAACAGCAGUAGCGAGGUUGAUUAAAGAGUAAAGAUGAGUGUUAAUUUUGCUAAGUGUGCCUCAGUGUUAAUCACAGGGUCGAGCAGAGGUCUGGGUCUGCAGAUGGUCAAACAUUUAGUGGGAAUUUCUCAGAGACCACAGAAGAUCAUCGCCACUGCCAGGAGCCCAGACACAGCUCAGGAGCUGCACCAAAUUGCCAAAUCUCAUCCUGAGGUUUAUAUCGUGCCUUUAGACGUGGUCAAUGACGCGAGCAUUGAAGCUGCGGUUCAGGAGGUGUCGAGCAUCGUGGGUCCUGCGGGGUUAAACUGCCUGAUCAACAACGCGGGGAUCCUGAUUCACUCGGACCUGAACUCGGAGACGCGUGACUGCAUGAUGACCACGUUCCAGUGCAACACCGUCUCGCCGCUCUUCGUUACCAGGGCGUUCCUGCCGUUAUUACGAGCGGCGGCGGUGUGUGCCGGCGGUGUGAUGAGUGUGAACAGAGCUGCGGUGAUUAACGUGUCCUCUCUCCUCGGCUCUGUGGAGCUCAACUGGGGAGAAGCAAGUGCUUAUAGAGUUUACGCUUACCGAGUGUCAAAGGCGGGUCUGAACAUGUUGACGAGGUGUUUGGCGCUUGAUCUGCAGUCGGACGGGAUCCUGUGCACGGUAGUUCAUCCCGGCUGGGUGCAGACUGAUAUGGGAGGAAAACAGGCGCCGCUGACUCCGCAGGAGAGCAUCUCGUCUCUGUUAUCCGUCGUUUGUGCGCUGAGUGAAAAGGAUCAUGGGCAGUUUUUGGACUACGAGGGGAAGAACUUGCCGUGGUGAACACGCGGCAGCGACACGCAGCACGUCAGCGAGUCCGCCACAGAGAGCUGGAGAUUUUCUAGCGGUGUUUUUAGAAUGAAAUAUAAUCAGGUGCUGGAUCAUGAUUUUAAUAUUAAUCAAUUAAUAUGAACAAAUGAGUCAUUUCCUGGAUAUGAUCAACCUUAUUUGCAUAUUAAAUGUGUGUUAAGUGCGUUACAUUAAUAACUAACUGAUUUAAUAACAUUUUUGUGGGUUUUCACUGCUAAUAAACCCGACAUUCGUCUUAAUUGAUGUAUCAGAUCUGAAAUUCAGGGGUUUUUUAUGUCCUUUAUGGCAUUAUGGAUGUCUGUGCAGUAUAAAUAAUAAAAGAAAAUUCCGAGUAUUGCUUUAUUUUUUAAUUCCUGGAGAACAAAAUGGAUGAUUGAGUUUAUUUUUAACCAUUUCAUGCAAAAAUUAUUUACAAAAUGUUACAAUUCAUAUGACGUACAUUUUUAAAGUUUUUUUUUUUUUUAAGUUACAAAAAUCUGUAUAUGUAUUUUUAAAGGUAUGACUGGUUUUUAAAAAAGUAAGUGGAUUGUCCAUGUGUACGAACACGUUGAGUAAAAAAGUUCUGAAGUUCUUUUUACUUCUUUUGUGUUUAUAAAGAAAAAUGACUUACGUUCAGCUCUAAAAUAUUUCACAUUGACGACUAAAAUGGUGGAAAAUAUUGCUGUUAAAUAAAACGUAGCAGCACGUUUGAAACGAACUAAAUGUAUGCAGUUCAGUUACAGAAUCUCAAAAUGAAAUCUAAAAUAAAAA